AUGGACGCCUCCAAUCUGAACUGCAUUACCUGCCCUGGGCAACCCCGGUUCAGCGACGUUUCUCACUUGUUGACUCAUAUCUCCUCGAAAGGCCAUCUCGCAAACACUUUCAGACUUCAAGUCCGCAGCCACCAGGAUGAGAACGCCACUCAGCUGCUGCAGGACUAUGAGGUUUGGUUCCGCGAAAACAAUCUCGCAGCUCUUCUCUCCGAAAGAAUAGCCACCACAGACGAACGAAAGAACAAGCGCAAGUCCCAGUCAAGCCAUGACGAACCUUACCUUCAGCCACCAGCCAAACGGUCUUGUCGCGUCAAGAAACCCGCCGCCACCCCUCCCCUUCUCGCCGAACUCCCAAACUAUCUGGAUCCCCGACUCAUGGAACCUGUUCUCGUACCAGUCACACCCAAGACUACUAGUCGUCGACCCAAACGAAGCUGCAUGACCAAGACACCCCUUAACGAGGAGCAGCUAAACUCUUUGUUUCUAGACGAAGAUGACGAAGCAAACCCGAAGCGCAAUGAAGACGCCUUGACCGAAGCCGAGAAACAGCGUUCGGAUGAAAUGUCCCGGUUGAAGGGCAUUUUGUGGCCUGGAAUGGAUAUUUUCGACUCAGCAACGGGCCAGAUGCGACGCAAGCGUAACCAGAAGAAAGACGGCACCGUCGUCAGACGCAUGCAGACCACAUCCCUGAUGGUGGCACCCACGGAGCAAAUAUUUUCUCCCGAGGGCAAUCUACUGAAAGAGCGUUACAUUUCUGGCGAUGUGGAUGAAAACCAGACCCCAUUGAAAGGCGAGACACCAAUCCCCAAGCAGCGGCCGUCUCGUUCCAGGCAGAGACGACCUCUUGCCCAGAACGACCCCAACCUGCCGAUUGAACAACGCAUCAGAAAGAAGGCAGCGGUUGGCACUUCCAAGAAACGCGAACCUGUUCAGAGUGUCGCAACGCCUCGCCGUCGUCCACAGCGUCCGACAGUCAUCAAGCCCCCUUAUGCCGAAGAUGAUCCAGACUUCCAAAUCUCUCUUCAGGCCUUUGAAAAGUGUACAAAGGGACCGCGUGGCGGCUUCCGUAUCUUCGCAGACCCGGAACACGAGGCCAGGGACGCUUUCAAAGGCCACCAGCCUUCCAAGCAACAUCCGAUACAGCAAACUCUCACUCCCGCCCGGCUUAUUUUGGACCAUAGGGGAAACAUCCCGAAGAAUCCCGGACGAAAGGGUGAUGGCCGAGAUAUGCAAGAAAAGGAAAACAUCGAGCCAAUCCUAGAUCCACAUGGAUACAUGGGCAUGAGUGACUGGGACUCACCACUCGCUAAGCGAACUGGCACGAAUCAACCUAACUACCCUCCUGAAUUCUUUUUCGUUAAGGAUGAAGGGGAAGACGAGGGCAAGUGUUCAUUCCAGUGCAACCCAUUGAUUGCUCCGACCUUCAGGAGUGGGGGCAUGGGUCUCCUUGGAGAUGGCUGCUAUGACGAUUUCUCUGUAGCUGAUGCCAGCUGGAACAUGCAUCGAGCGCAAUCAUCGGAAGCGACCAUUUCGGAGGAAGAUCACCAGGAACUUGCACGGCUGUAUCUGGCUGGCGGCGCAGAUUAG